UAUAGACCGGGCUGUCUCGAACUCAUAGAGAUCCGUCUCAGUUGAGGGAUUAAAGGCGUGUGUCACUGUACCUUGCAAACAAAGUCCAGGUCUUGUGAACUGUGGAAUCUUGUCAAGGAUUUUGUAUGGCGCCGUACCUUUUUGGUAGUGGUGUGGGAACUCUUACCUCGGUGGGCGGAGUUGUGCAUGAUCGAUGAUAAGAAUGAUAGGCACAAAAGCCUAUUUAUAUGAUAGUGUAAGUUGGAAGAAAUUGACAAUACUGAAUUGACAAACCACGUUUCACUGCAGGUCACUAGCAUGCAGAUACUCACACCCUGACUUGACUGCCUGACCACUGACAUGGCCCACCGGGGUGGGGAAAGGGACUUCCAGACUUCAGCUCGGCGGAUGGGUACCUCUCUGCUGUUCCAGCUUUCAGUGCAUGAGCGGGAGCUGGACCUCGUUUUUUUGGAUCAUAGCUAUGCUAAACCAUGGAGUGCCCACCCAGAUGCCAGUAGUGCCCGACCCACCCGCAUGCUCUUUGUAACUCCCCGUCGGCAGCAGGAGAAUACUAUUGAAUCAGACGUUCCAAUAGAUGUGGAGACGGUCACGUCAACUCCUGUUCCACUCUAUGACAAUCAGAAGGCACGAAGUGUGAUGAACGAGUGUGAGCGGCAUGUUAUCUUCGCCAGGACAGAUGCAGAUGCUCCUCCUCCUCCAGAAGACUGGGAAGAGCAUGUCAACAGGACUGGCUGGACAGUGGCUCAGAGCAAGCUGUUCAACAAGAUCCUCAAAGCCCUGCAGUCUGACCGACUCGCACGCUUGGCCAACGAAGGGGCUUGCAAUGAGCCUGUGCUGCGUCGUGUUGCUGUGGACAAGUGUGCAAGGAGGGUGCGACAGGCUCUGGCAAGUGUAAGCUGGGACACCAAGCUGAUCCAGUGGCUACAUACCACCCUCGUGGAGACCUUGAGUCUGCCCAUGCUGGCUGCUUACUUGGAUGCUUUGCAGACACUGAAAGGGAAGAUCCCAACUUUAAUCGACCGCAUGCUUGUGUCCUCCAACACAAAGACUGGGGCUGCAGGAGCAGAGGCCUUGUCGCUCCUCCUCAAGAGGCCAUGGGACCCUGCUGUUGGUGUGCUUUCUCAUAACAAACCAAGCAAACUCCCUGGUUCUCCUUUGAUUCUCAUCGCCUCCUCUGGUCCCUCCAGCUCUGUGUUCCCUGCCUCACGCCGCCACCGCUUCUGGCAGUCACAACUUUCCUGCUUAGGCAAGGUCAUCCCUGUAGCCACCCAUCUGCUGAACAAUGGUAGUGGGGUAGGCGUUCUGCAGUGCCUUGAACACAUGAUUGGGGCAGUGAGAAGCAAAGUGCUGGAGAUCCACAGCCAUUUUCCACACAAACCCAUCAUCUUGAUCGGUUGGAAUACAGGAGCUUUGGUGGCCUGUCAUGUGUCUGUGAUGGAAUACGUCACUGCAGUUGUCUGCCUUGGGUUUCCUCUGCUUACUGUGGAUGGCCCCCGAGGGGAUGUAGAUGAUCCCCUCUUGGACAUGAAGACUCCAGUCCUCUUUGUCAUUGGUCAGAAUUCUCUACAGUGUCACCCUGAAGCCAUGGAGGACUUCCGGGAAAAGAUUAGAGCAGAAAAUAGCUUGGUGGUGGUCGGGGGAGCUGAUGACAAUCUCAGAAUAAGCAAAGCAAAGAAGAAAUCAGAAGGGUUGACUCAAAGCAUGGUGGACAGAUGUAUUCAGGAUGAGAUUGUGGACUUCCUGACCGGAGUGCUCACUCGAGCUGAGGGACAUGUGGGUUCUGAGCCUCGGGAUCAGGAUGCUGAGAAGAAGAAGAAGCCCCGGGACUUGGCCCGAAGAGACUUGGCCUUUGAAAUUCCAGAGCGAGGAAGUCGGCCUGCUUCCCCAGCUGCCAAGCUCCCCACCUCCCCCUCGGGCUCAGAGGAUCUCUCCAGUGUGUCCAGCAGCCCCACCUCUAGUCCUAAGACCAAAGUGACCACAGUGACCUCUGCCCAGAAGUCCAGUCAGAUUGGGACUUCCCAGUUGCUGAAAAGACAUGUGCAGAGGACAGAAGCUGUGCUGACCCACAAACAAGCCCAAGCACAGUUUGCUGCUUUUCUGAAACAAAACAUGCUGGUGAGGAAAGCUUUUCCUCCUGGCGCCUCCUCCUGUCUCUUUGUUCCCAUUUCAUCAGAAUCUAUGGAGGAAACAGAGAAAGAGGAGCUUAGGGUCCAGCUGAAGCGGCAUCAUCCUUCCAGUCCUCUUCCUGGUGCAAAGCCCUCCAAGCGACCAAAGAUCAAAGUGUCCUUGAUCUCCCAAGGGGACACAGCUGGAGGGCCUUGUGCUCUUUCUCAAGGUGGAACGCCUGAAGCUUCUGGGGGGAAACCUAUCACCAUGACACUGGGAGCUUCAGCAGGAGCCAAGGAACUCACUGGACUUCUCACCACCUCCAAGUCAAGUCCUCCUGAAGGUGGCGUUUUAGCCAGCGCAGCGCCAUCUGUGGCUUCCAGCAACACCACACCCAAUGCCAUCCAAACCCUGCAGAGCCGCUUAGUGGCCACUUCUCCUGGCAGCGCCCUUCCAGGGGCCACUUCAGCCAGCAGCCUCCUCCAGGGCCUCAGCUUCAGCUUACAGGAUAUUAGCAGCAAGACCUCUGGCCUCCCAGGAAGUCCCUCUCCAGGGCCAGCCCCACAGGCCACCGGUGUGAAAUUGCCAACCCCCAUGCAGAGCCUGGGUGCCAUCACCACAGGCACGAGCACCAUUGUCCGUACCAUUCCUGUAGCCACCACUCUCUCCUCCUUGGGUGCCACACCUGGUGGGAAGCCUACUGCUAUCCACCAGCUGCUGACCAAUGGGGGCCUCGCUAAGUUGGCAAGCAGCCUACCCGGCUUGGCUCAGAUUUCUAACCAAGCAUCAGGCUUAAAGGUCCCCACCACCAUUACUCUGACACUCCGAGGCCAGCCAAGCAGAAUCACCACACUAAGCCCUAUAGGUUCAGGAGCAGUGCCAUCCGAGGAGCCCACCUCCCAGAUGCUGCCCUCUAGCUCACAGCGCCUGCCUCCAGCACCCUGACUACGCCAGCGAUAUGUCCUUACCAGGUUGGUGACCGCUGCCUCAAGGUGAACAGUGUGGUCCUGCUGAGCCAUCUGAGUGUCUGAAGACAUCCCUAAGACAGUCGUUUUCACCUCUCUACCAGCUGUCUUUUGGGUUGGGCCUCUGGGUCUUGAGAAAGCAUUAGGCCAGGUGAUAACAGUGUCAGCAAGGGGAGCGCUAUCCAGAGCCAGCAGGUUGGUUCCUGGAAUCACCAGCAGGACUCGCCAUGUAUGGAUUAUUGGCAUUUCCUCCUCAGUACUAACGUAAUUUGACCCCAGUGUCAGUCUAGAACUGCUCACUGCAGUUUCAUGAUGAAGGCAGGGAGAACUGGGCUGUCAGCUUUGAGUCCUUUAGCUGCUGGGAAAGUGAGGAACAAUGGUUACCAGGCCCCUUUCUCUUCUUCACUAUGCUUUAUGCAUUUCCUGUACCAGAAAGCCUAUAGGUCCAAAAACAGAAGGUGAGGGAUGGAGCAGCCAGAGGAAAUGAUUGGCAGGACUCCACAAAUCCUAUGCUGCUGACAGUUUGGACUUGGAACUCUGACACUUGAGGACAUUUGAAGAUUAGCAAGUAAAAGGGAAAACCUGAAUCCCUGAGAAUCCUCUCUAGUGCCUGGGGAUGAAACAGGUUGACCAGCUACCCUGCUGUCACUGCUGUUGUAGGAAGCUUGGGGAGGUAGGACAGUGAAGAGUUUUGUUUCCUUUCCUUAGAACUUUGACAUUCUGCUGAGAAGUAGGUUUUGGUGACUACUGUGUGGCCUGAGCCUUGCAGAUCAUGGUCUCUGCUGAUGUGGGCACUAAAGAUAGACCUGAGUCUUUCAUUUCCAAUGACACUGUACAGAUGUAGCUUGGAGCUUGACUCUGAAUUUCUGUUCCAGAGCAGGCUCCUUUCCACUUCAUACUUAGAAAGUUUCUGUCAAGUGAGAAAUAAAGCAACUCAAGUGUGAUUUUGUUCACAGGGCCUCCCCUGUAAUCUGAGUGGAACAUGUAGUGUUGAGGAGCCUCAGGCAAUUCAGGUCAGAGACAUAUGAUAGGAGUAGAGAGUGGUCUCCACACCCCACACUCUCGCCUUGGCUGUGGAGCUGCACGAGCAGUGCUUCACAGAGUGGGGCUGUAUUCUGAAAUUCAGAAGGCGUUGAGUGAAUUUGAGAAGGUAUGAAAUCUGGAAGAAGCCUCCAGUGCUGGGGCUUUAUUAGCUUCAUAGUUCAGAGCAUAUAACCACCAAAAAAGAGAGGAUAAGACUGUGGGGCUCUGUGAAACUUUGAGGGAUCAUUUAGGUUGGCAGGGGGCCCUGAGCAGCCCUUUGUGACUUAGGAGAACAGCUUGAACAUCACUGGAGGGGCUGCUCCUGAAAGAUGCUGCUGCCCCCAUGUUCUGGAACCAAAGAAAACUUGUAUCCUGCUUUGGUGGUGAAUCUAUGUACAUCCCAUGGGUGACUUCUGAGGCAUGGCCUAUAUACCUUGAAGAACUGCAAAACCGAGGAAGGGGAGCUACAACACACUGACCUUCACCUUGAGGGACUGACCAACAAGGAAGUGACUGGAGUCUGUAGAUCACAUUCCUCAGAUCCCAUCUCAAACCACACUACUUGGAAUGUGGAAAGACACUUGACCCUACCCAUCUUGUUGCAGACUUGAGGGCAUAGCUUCAGAAGGUAAUACUCUUAUGGAGUAUGUAGAAGGAUCAGGAAGGCUUUAAAUUCUUGGGCAACAGAUGUAUUGUAAAUGCUCCGUGGAAGAUGUCUGUGGCUUUCAGAAGAGGUCACAGGGAUAGAGACUUGUCCACCUUUGGUUGUAUCACUAAUAAUUAGGGGGUGGAUGAAUUCAAAGAAGUGAGCCACCGUGAUGGUUCUGAUCUUACAUUAGCAAAAAGAAUAAAAAAACAAAACAACCAA